AUGGAGGUGACCAGUUUCUCAUCACGUCGCCCAGCGGCAGGGGCGUUGCCUGCCUUUUCUCUACCACCACCAACAAGCUCUGAAGUUCCCAGAGCUAGCGAUGGCCUCAGCCCAAGCCUCUCUAGCGUUAACACGGCGAGCUCCCAGGGCUCGCAAGCACACGGAAGCAUGCAAUACACAUACAGCACUGGUCAGGUGCACGGCACGUGGCCGACGCCGGGCGCCUCGAGUUACAAUGUCGGUUCAACGUCGCCGGAUCAGCCUUACGGCAGCCGAUCAUCAAUGUACGGGCAGCAGCAGCAGCACAUGGGUUUCGGGAAUCCUCGCAGCUCCCAGUCUCCCGCCACCGGGGGUGAAGGGCUUCCUCCGCCGCCCUACAACAACGUCCAUCAGCCAUUCCAGACGUCGAUUUCCGGAGGCGGAAACGGGGGCCAAGAUAACAGUCACCACAUGUCAUCUGGCCAGGCGCCGCCAGCUCAUACAGGCUUACUGAACUCGACACAGCCUCACGCGUCGGCGACGGCACCUGCCCCUGUCGACCCCUACGCGCACUCCAGACCUCCCAACAACCCAAGCUACUAUCCUGCCUCGUCAUCUACGCCGCAGCAGACCAGCUUUUCAUCGUAUGCCGGCCAUCAGCAGCCGUCACCGACUGGCACGAGUCCCGUAUCGAGAGGCGUCGGUCACCACUCCACCAUGGCACCGCCUCCUGGAUCCUACCGCUCCUAUGGCUCCUAUCAACCGCUCGCGACCAUGAACGGCCCGGUCAUGUCCAACAUCCAUCAGCCCGGUUCGCAAUUGUCAAUGAUUCCGGCCAUGGGAGUGCCUCACGGGUAUGGAACUCACCAGAUGAUGUACGGCCACCACAGCCAAGCGCAGCCGCAGUCGGAGAGACCGUUCAAGUGUGAUCAGUGCACCCAGUCCUUUAGUCGAAAUCACGACUUGAAGCGGCACAAGAGAAUCCACCUGGCGGUGAAGCCCUUUCCGUGCUCAUUUUGCAGCAAGAGUUUCUCUCGCAAAGACGCACUCAAGAGACACCGACUAGUAAAAGGUUGCGAAAACAAGAGCAACGAAGCCGCUGCUGCCGACGAGAACAACGCCCAAGAACGUGCCGCAGGCGAAGGAGACGACGAUCGGUCAUCGUUGGGAAAGGAGUCGUGA